GUCAAAGAAGGAAGGUGCGACGUUUCUUACGGUGCUGUUUAGCCAGAUAAAAGUCUUCAACCCCUUCUUAAGGACGCCCAAAAGUCUUUAGACUUCAGGCCAUCCCCAGACCUUUAGCCAUGGCAGUAGCAACCAAGAUGAGGUCUCAAGAAAAGACUGGGAAUUGGAAUGCAAUCUUCCCAACAGACCAAGUGACAGAGCAACUCUCCACUCUGUUUGUGAAGAAACUUCUGGCUGUUGCUGUCUCCAACAUAACCUACCUCCGUAUGAUCUUUCCUGAACAUGCCUUUGGCGACAGGUGCCUAGAAGACUUGAACCUGAAGAUCCUUCGUGAUGACAGUGCCUGUCCUGGAGCCUGCCAGGUCAUCAAGUGGGUUAAGGGCUGCUUUGAUGCACUGGACAAGAAAUAUCUGCGGUGCCUGAUCAUCGGGAUUUAUGAAGACCCCACAGAUCCAGAGACUGUGAUUGAAUCCUACACUUUCAAGUUUGCCUACAACAACCAGGGUGUUACCAUCUACAGGAAUGACAAGCAGCUGGCAUCAGCCUACAGCGCAGCGGAGACAAAGAAAGCGACCAUGCAGCUGCUGAGGACCAUCGUGGUCCUGACUCAGUCUCUCAAGGCACUGCCUGAUGACGUCAUGAUGACCAUGAAGCUACUCUACUACGAUGAUGUGACCCCCUCUGACUACCAGCCCCCCGGCUUUAAGCCGGCCGACUCGGAGGGUUUCAUGUUCAACUGUGAGCCAAUGAACAUCAAGGUGGGGGAUGUCUCCACACAGUGGCACACCGUCAAACUACGCAUCAAGACGGACAGCUCACAGUUCGAGGUGAGAGAAGAGCCAGGCCUGCCAGCAGGAACAGAACUAGCUGAGACAGAGGAGGGGAACAGUGUGCAGGGAGGAGCUGUCAUCUCUACUGCAGGGUUAGAUGGGGAGGACACUGAGGAACCUAUGGAGGUGGAGACCAAGCAAGACGCAUCCUCAUCCAAGCAGGGCCUGACUCCCAAAGAAUGCAAGGAUGUGCCAAAUCAAGCGCCCCAUAAGACGCCCGAGUCUGCCAGUCGCCCGUCAGGCUCCCAGCAGGACCAGGAACAGGACCCGGGUGUGCGCUGUCCCUGUGGGUGUCAUGAGGAUGACGGACUCAUGAUCCUGUGUGCUGUCUGUGACCUCUGGCAGCACGGCGUCUGCUUCAAGGUCAUUCAGGAGGAGGACGCACCAGAGAGACACAUCUGUGAUGUCUGUGCAGACACUGCAGUUCCAGACAAGUAUCCAACAGACCCUUAUCUGGCUAGCCUCUCUCCAGUCAAAGUACAGGCCACCUGCCUGUGGCGGCGUGCCCUGUUAGCCUGUACAGAGGCCCCUCGGCUGCUGAUCCCCAGCUUUGCCAGGAGGCUGGGCGUGGAAAUGAACGUGGCUCACGGCCUCGUCAACAGACUGGAGAAGGAAGGCUUCGUGAAAAAUGCAGCCAGGGGGAAAAGGCUUGGCAAGACUGUUGACAAGGAGAAGGUGACUACAGAAGGCUUCUCCAAGUACUUCAGCCACGCUGAGCCUGGGAAGAACACAGACAGCCAAACUGAGAAGACCUCCACUGUACAGAAGGAUGAGACACCUGUGAGAGCAAAGGCCACAGGAGACAAGGAGGUUAAAACCUUUAGAACAUUUUGGACCAGUGUUUUAAACAUAGGAUAA